CACUUCUUCAAUAUUCUCUCUCUCUCUCUCUCUCUCUCUUCCUUAUUUCGCAUUAAACCGUCUAAAGUUGUUGUCUUUAUCCUCAAAAAAUGGCACCCAGGAAAAGAACAGCUGUGGAGCCCUCGACCAGGGUGACUCGGAGCUCGACUCGCCUCCUGGUCAACGCCAACUCGGACAACUCGGUGGAGCCGCCCAAGGCCAAGAAGCCCAAGAAAACCGCCGCCGCCGCCGCCGCAACCAAGGAAGUGAAAGCAACCCUCCCGGCGGCGCCGGCGGCGGAGGAAGGGGUGGGGGAUGGGAGGACCAUCGUGAUAGAGCACUGCAAGCAGUGCAACUCGUUCAAGACUCGGGCUUUGACGGUGAAGGAGGGAUUGGAGAAAGGCGUCGCCGGCGUGAACGUGGUCGUUAACCCGGAAAAGCCCCGCCGGGGAUGCUUCGAGAUCCGUCAAGAGAAUGGGGAGAAGUUCAUCAGUCUUCUGGAUAUGAAGAGGCCAUUUGCACCCAUGAAGGCUCUCGACAUGGAUAAGGUUGUCUCUGACAUCCUUGACAAAAUCAAAUAGAUUUUGGGUUUCUCUAUUAUAAGUUUGGGACUUUUCUCAUCUCUUUUUCGCAGUUUUUUUUUUUUUGGAAAUCUUUUGCAGUCGAAUUCCUAGUUUUAGGGUGUUCUUGGGAGGAAAAAACAGAAAAAUCAAGUUUAGUCAUUUGUAUUUAUCAUCAUCCUACUGUUUCAUGUUUGUCUUGGUAGGGAUUUGGAUGAAUGCUGCUGUACCUCAUUGUAAUCCAGACUUAUGAACUCCAUUUUGUUAAUGAUUCUCUGUUUCUUGAUUGAGUUUAUCCAA